AUACGGUGGCGACAUUCGGAUUGGCACGAGCGUAGAAACGACGUCUCGUAUUUGCCUGCCCAAACAACGAUAAACCCCUCCUUCCAGUUCUUGAUCUGAGGUUUUUCCUGUCGCCAUUUUCCCCGAGAAGAACCCAGUACAAUCUGCGGCGAACCGACGCCGGCGGUUCCAGCGAUGAUGGGUGUCGCGUCGAGGUUCUUGGGGCCGCGCGCCGGCCUAGCGAGGGUGGCAAGGCUCGCCUCCGUUGGCCGUCCGCCGUCGCCACCCUCCAGGUUCUUGCACGACCGCAUCAAAGGUCUGGACUUGAACCCGGUCGCGUCUCAGAUGGUCGAUUACGCCCUCAACCUCGCGAGGUCCCAGAAAUCAGAUGAAUCGUAUUCUCAGGGCAUGCUUGUGCUCGAGCAGUGUCUGUCCACCCAACCCAGUGAGGGCCAAGUUGCUGAGAACACGAAAUCAGUGGUCUUGCUUGCCAUGUCCACUCUUUUGUAUGAGAGGGGUAAUUUGGAUGAAGCUAUUGAUAAGCUGCAGAGUGUUGCAGAUUUAGGCAAUCCUUCUUGGGGUGUGAAAGUUGCUGCAAUGGAGGCUCUUGUUGGAUUGCACUUGGAAAUGGGGCAAGAUGAUACUUCAUCAGUGGUCGCAGAUAAAUGCUUAAAGCUCUUGGAAAAAGAAUCAGCCCAAACAGCCAGCUCGGGAUCUUCAAUAAUUAAUGCUCGUGCAAAAGCGGCGAAAGGGUUGGUUGAGCUAGUCCUUGGAAGUUUCCAAUCUGCGGAGCCUUGCUUUCAAGGGAGUAAUGAUGACAAGUAUUCCACUGGCAGUAUUGCUUUAUUAAACGGUAAUGUGGCUCUGUCUUAUGGAGAAUUCUUGCAUUCAACAUGCAACUUUUCGUUGGCAAAGGAGACCUACCAGAAGGUAAUUCAGGGGACUUCUGAGAAUGUUGAAUCUGCAGAAGCCACUUUAGGAGCUUGUAAUAUGGCUUCACAGGAAGUUCUGUUGGCAGCUACCUGUGCUUUGGGACAGCUUGAGUCACAUUUGGGAAAUUUCAAUGAUGCUGAGGAGAUAUUGACAAAGGCUUUAACUAAAACAGAGGAACACUUUGGAUCACAUCACCCCAAGGUGGGCAUCAUCUUAACUUGCAUAGCGCUCAUGUUUCGAUGGAAAGCAAUUCGAGAGCAUUCGAGUUCUCUCUUGGUUCAAGAGGGACUGCUUAGGAAGGCCACGGAAUUGCUUAAAGCUCCUGCAUUAGAGGGUGCAGGAGUGGAAGCAAAGGUCGAUAGAAGAGAUGUUGUUGCCCUUGUGAGGGGUGCGCAUGCAGAGAUCCUCUGCGUUCAGGAGAAUAGAAAGGGGGAGGGAGAGAGAUUGAAGAGCUGGGCAGAGUCUGCUUGGAGGAAUCGGCGCAUGUCACUAUCCGAGGCACUUGAUUGUACCGAGUCCUCUUCCCAAGUGCCAAUUGUAGAUUCUCGGAUCUGCCGGGUUCUGUAAGCUGUGUUCUUAUUACUCCGUACGAGUUUGAGCUUCUUAGUAAUGUAACAGCAUAUCAUGAGGCAUCUCAGCCUAGAAAAGUGAUUUUCAACUUAUUGAGUCCCAUUUAACUUUUUCAAAUUGAGCGAAGUAAUAUGAAUAAGUUUGUCAUAUUGCGUUGGGUUCGAAAAAUGAUUGAAACAGUUGAAAUCUUGCUACAGUUUGCAAA